AUGGAACCUGGCAUUGAACAACAAGAAGUUGAACAGUUUGCGAAUUGGAUUGCCUCAAUUGGUGAUGGAAUAGUUGGAUGUUCAAAUGAUGAGUGUCCAGAAGUUGAUAUUCCACAAAAUUUGUUGUUGCACUCAACUGAUGAUCCGAUUGCCACAAUCGUUGAGACAACUCAUCCUGUCACCCAAACACAAAUUAAUGUUCCAAUCCUUAAUGAAGAUAACUACAAAGAGUGGAAAGAUGCUAUUCUCCUGCAAUUAAGAUUAUUAGAGUUGGAUUACGCUGUUCUCAAUGAGGAACCCCCUGAGGUUACUGUAGAAAGCACUGGUGAAGCCAAGCAGCUUCGCGCACGAUGGGAGAACUCCAAUCGAUUAUGUGUGGUCUUCAUUAAGUCACGAAUUUCCAGAAAAAUUCGUUUUUGCUUUGAGGAAAUUAGGAAAGCUAAGCCCUUGCUCAAAGCUAUCGAUGAUAACUUCAUUGUAUCAAAGAAAGUUUUGGCAAUGACUCUAAUCAUGAAGAUGAGAAAUUUGCGUCUUUCCACUGUCAAGGGAACGCGUGAACACAUUAUGCAACUCAGGGAUAUUGCGGCUCAAUUAAAGGAGUCGGAAAUCAUUGUACCAGAUGAUUAUUUGGUGUUUUUUGCACUUGAUACCCUUCCUCAGGAGUACAAUCCUUUUAAGAUUUCCUACAUCACACAUAAAGUGGACUGGUCUAUCAAUGAGUUGAUAACCAUGUGUGCAAUGGAGGAACAAAGGCUUGUGGUGUGA